AUGACGACCCCAGGAACCGACAUUGAGAAGACGCCGCGAGGCUCCAGGUCAACCGGGGAAAUACCCUCACCUCAGGAUGCUUCUCCUCAAUCCGGCUCAAGAGGUUGUCUUGACGACAACAGUCCCAUCACUUAUCGUUAUUUGACUUUCGACUCAGUCAUUCCCGAGCCGGCCCUCCUCGAGUCCACCGAGUCCCGGUCACCACCGCCAGCACCGGAUCUCACCCGUUUCAGUAAUCCUCUGCAAUGGCCUCACGCACGGAAAUAUCUGAUGUUGGCGCUCUCCUGUAUCGCCACAUUCCUGACCGCUUACACUGCUGGAUCGUACUCGCCGCCGGCCUCCAUCAUGGCCGAUGACCUGAACACAUCCCGUCUGGCAGUACUCACCGGCAUCACAACUUUCUGCAUAGGUUUUGCCCUCUCGCCGAUGGUUCUCGCGCCCCUGUCAGAACUUUGGGGUAGAUACCCGGUCUUCGUCAUAUCGGGAGUAGUAUACGUUGUAUUUCAAGCCGUUUGUUCUGUUGCACCGAAUCUCGCGGCCAUGCUCAUAGCCCGCUUCCUCGUGGGUGUCGGCGGCUCCGUUUUCAGUUCUGUCAUCGGCGGCGUUAUAGCAGACUUGUGGGCGAAGGAGCAGAGGAACACGCCAAUGGCCAUAUUCAGCGGUGCCGUCUUGGCUGGCACGGGAGCAGGGCCUCUCGUCGCCGCCGUCAUGACGAAGCGCAUGGGAGCUACGGACCCGACAAUGGCAUGGAAAUGGAUCUUCUGGCACCAGGUCAUCAUCGACACAGUCCUCGUCGUCGCCCUUGCAGUCCUUUUUAAAGAAAGUCGCGGCUCGGUUAUCCUGUCGAGGAAGGCCAGGGCUGUGAAUACGUGGUACGAGCGACUCGAGGCCACCGGCUACUACGGAGUCUGGCUCGAAGACACGACAAAUAACGACACCGCAGGCGCAACCUCGGACACAGACACCCAGGAAUGUUCCUGCUCCGGGCCGGAGAAGGGCUCAUCAACGUGCCGUUCAAGUCGUCGAACGUCUGCCCAGCUGUCACCGCAAAGAUUACGCUGGCUCAUCAAAGAGGAUGAAGAAAGGGGGUCUGUCGCUACGAUGAUAUCCGUCUCGGUGUCCAGGCCGUUCCACCUCCUCUUUACCGAGCCCGUCGUCUUCUUCUUCUCCCUCUGGUGCGCUUUCGCCUGGGCCGUUCUGUACUGCACAUUUGGAAGCAUCCCGCUUGCAUUCUCGCGCACAAGGAAUAUGGACAUCGAGCAGUCUGGCUACUUCUUCACCGCCAUGAUCGUCGGCUCCGUGGUGGCCACCAUUGUUGGUGUACUCCAAGAUGAACUGCUGAAACUGCCCCAGUGGCGUGCCGAUGCUCCUGCCGACAACCUGUCCGCGUUUUGGCUCUUCAUGCGGCGGCGCCUCCCCGCCGAAGCACCCGAGUCGCGUCUCUACUUCACUUGCGUCACGGCUACUUUGCUUCCCGUCGGCCUCUUUCUGUUCGGCUUCACGGCCCGCCAUGAAUUCCACUGGAUUGCUCCGGCCAUCGGCAUCGCGUUCGCUACCUGGGGUAUUUACUCGGUCUACCUGGCGACCUUCAACUACUUUGCCGACAUUUACCACAAGUUCGCCUCGUCCGCUUUGGCGGCGCAAUCCUGCUGUCGUAACAUCUUGGGCGGCAUCUUUCCUCUCGUCACCGGUGCUUUAUUCCGGAAUCUUGGAGAAGCUCGCGCCGGAGCACUCCUCGGCGGCAUAGCAACCGGCUUAACACUUAUCCCAUGGGCGCUGGUGUUUUUUGGUGAAAGAAUCCGCGCCAAGAGCAAAUUCGCCAUCGUGAGUUGCGCAGUCCUCCUUCGAUAUCGCCGAAGCUAA